GUCGUCGACGAACCAGGAGAUCUGGUCACAGUUCCUCAAUCCGAGUCUAUAGGCUUUCACCCAGCCCAGGUCAUUCUGUUUCUGAGGUCGAAUCACGCCCUCUGCGUGCUUGCCUCCGAGCUCCAUGACGAUCUCGACGUUACCGACCGAGCUUCUUGCAGAGGUUCUUUAUACUGCGCGUGCAGGAGAAAGCACUCCAUCGUCCGCUCUCCGACUUGCGCAAGUCUCCCAAAGAUGGCGCGAGACGGCCUUCGGGGAUACACGCCUGUGGACACGCCUCACGCUGGAGGACGGUCAGGCUAUCGGUGAAAACUCGGUCAAGCAAGCGCACGCGUGGAUUCAACGAGCGCAUCCACUUCAUGUGUCUCUCGAACUCCUACCCAUGAAGGGCAAGGGCGGAUUCAUGAGGUCGGGCCCUCCGUCACCCGUGCCACAUCUCCUUGAUGAUGGCCUUUCGUACAUCGCGAACCGCGUAUCCGACCUCAACCUUGCGAUUCCGACCGAGGUCAUUCGUGAAUUCCGCGAACAUCCGCCGCGCGCAUUUCCCAAUCUGGUCAAGCUGCGUCUCGCACCGUUCUCGCGCGUGGCUCUUGACGAAUACCGCAUGGGGCCUUCGUCGGAGAUGCUCAUCACCUGCGAGCGCCUGCGCUGUCUAGUUAUCACCGAAGUCGACCUUCUGAUCUACGAGAGGUUGGAUAGAAGCCUAACAGUGCCCUGGCAGCAUCUCGAAGAACUUGAGCUCGGCAAUGUAUGUGGCUAUCAUGCAGUCGCUACCGUCUUCAGGCAGUGCAGCCGCCUACGUCGCGCCGCUUUUCACGCCGCACAAUAUGAUGUUGUCGUCGAUCACAUAGACUCCGAGCCGCCCGCAGAGCGCAAGGAUGUCACGUAUCCCUUCCUCGCGUCCCUCACAUGCGGCUUUCACGACACCUGGCCUGCUCAAUUAUUGGAGGCGGCCCAAUUCCCGGCGCUUACCUCCUUGACUCUCGCGCACCACUCAUACGACGCGUACCCGGAUUUCGCGCUCCAGUGGUCAGGCCUGCACGCCCUUGCCGAGCGUUCCCCCGCGCUCAAUGCGCUCACAUUGCGCCACCUGCCACUGAACGGCGAUGCUCAGCAGCUUAAGGGUCUUCUUCGCCGCACCCCCGAGCUGCGCACCCUCAUCCUCGAGGAGUGCCGAUUCGACAACGUUGGCGACCUCAGCGUGUUCUACGAUUCGAACCCACCCAUGCUCCUCCCCCGCCUCGAAGUCCUUCGCAUUCCGGAGGUCGACCUCGGCACCGACGACGCGUAUCUCAUCGGGGGCCUCUGUGCUGCCGCGUACGAUUGCGUCCUCAAUCUCUUGAGAUUCCGGUUGGGGCCGACGCCGCUGCGCGAGUUUCGCAUCGGGUGGCGAGGGUUCGAUUACAACAAGGUGCCGUUGAUGUACUGCACCGAGCAGGUGAUGUUGAUCAAGGCACUUAUGGAGGGAUACGAGGACAAGGAGGUAUGGGUGGAAGGCGUCGCCGAUGAGCUAUAUGGGCGCCUGCAGGCGGGGGAGUAUGCGGUAUCGUAAACGCUGUCAUUCACGAAAUUUGACUCAACAUAUGUUCCCUUUUCACCUCCGGAGAUCGCUCUGUUUCUAUUAAGCAAUGGAUAAUGACGUUGCGCGGGUUUUGCAGUUACC